UGAAAUCCAAAUCCAAAAGGAAACUAAACAAAGUUCGGUCAACCAACCUCCGAAAGCGAAAAAUCAAAUCAGCGACAAUCCACUGGCACUCCCUCCUCCCCCCGACUGAUCGUUGCCGAGGAUUGGCUUUAAUUGAUUUGUUUGUUCAUCCAUGGCGGGCAUAAUAUACCAGCUAAUAGCCUCCUCCACGCUUCUCUCUCUGGGUCUUUACCAUCUCAUCUGCACCACCCGUAACUUCCUUAAAUCCCCACAAUCCUACUCCGCCAAGCCUUUUUACCCAUUCCCUUUCUCCUCCAAUCUCCGCCUCAAGCACCUUCCCCUCUACCUUCUCAUGCUCUGCCUUUUCAUUGCAUUUCUCCACCAAUCUUUCAUCUCCUCCGACCCCGAUCCCCUAGUCAAGGGCCGCACACCCGUCUACCACUUCAUCACCCUCAACUCCGCUGCCGUUUUGUUCCUCUUCCUCAUCCUUUCCCUUUCUUUCUUCCUCUCCGAAUCCACCUCCCUCCUCCCCCUCCCUCCCGAUCUCUUCUUCGCCUUUGCCUCCGCUAUCUUCUUCCUCCACUACUCCGUCUCCGACGGUGCCGCCUCCGUCCAGACCUCUGAUCUCCAAGCCAAAUGUGAUUCUUUGUCCGCCCGUGUUUCCGCUUUGGCUUCCUUGAUGUGCCUCAUCCUGGCUUGCCAACCCAAGCUUUUUAUAGCUGAGGUCGGUUUGGGGGCGUCUCUUUGCCUCCAGGGGCUGUGGGUGCUGCAGACGGGGCUUUCACUCUACGUUGAAGCCUUUAUACCCGAAGGCUGCCAUAAGCUGCUGGACGUUGUGAGCGGUGUGGAGGGAUCUACCAAAUGCGACCUCGACGAAUCCCGGCUCAGGGCUGUGGCCAUUCUGGAUCUGGUGUUCGUGGUUCAUGUCAUGUUUGUCAUCAUCUUUGUGAUGCUCACUUACGCCGUUGUUGCUAAGAGUGUUGGGGUUAGGAGACCGGGAUCAUACGAGCCCUUGCCUGCCAAUGCUUCUGAUUCUAACCAUAUUCAGAUGAAGGCUUUGGCUGGCACCCAAGCCUGAUUUUUUUCCCCUUCCUCUGCGCUCUAUCUUUUUGUCCCCCUUUUCUUAAUGAACUGUCAGUUUAAUUCUUGUUGUUGUGGCAUUCAUUUUAAGGAUUAUUAAGUAUAUCAAAGUUUUUUUGUUAACUUAAUCACACUCUGUAAUCUGUGGCUGCUUUCUGUGUAUAGAAUAUCUUUUCAAUCUUUAUCUA